UUCUCUUUCUCGAGUGAGUAUAAAGAGAGGGAACGCGUGUGUCGACUGGUGUCGACUCCACGACUGUCGUCAACUGUUCUGUGAGAGGAGUUCAGUGGCGCAGUGCCACCCUUUCCCACAGGCAUCGUGUCUUUUCUACCAAUUUUACGUACGUACGUCGAGCUUUGUGAUCUUCCAUCGCGUACUUGGCGCGAGAAAUGGAAGACAUAGGGUGUUCCCACUGAGCGAGAAAGAUUCGAAGGAGGACACCGAGAAAGACGCCGAGAAACUUGACGUCCUUUGAUAAGCACUUUACAAGGUUUCUGUAGCGCUCCAGAUGGACGAGAAGCAAGCAGAAAGACCGAUUGCUGUGGGCUGUUUAGACAAUACUAAUGUACCUGUGAUAACAGCUGACUUAGAGAUGCUCACCAUAGACACUAAUCCUCCGCCGACGGAAACCAAGAGGGUCCUCAGGAAAAGGUUACCAAAACCCACCUCCACGGAAAUCCUCAACCGAAGGUGUAGCCUCAGACCGAAAAAGAGGAGGAUCUCCGAGGUGGAGGCACAGGAAGAGACCAUCAAAGAGUAUUACUCAGACAGGGAAAUAAGCAAGAGGUCCAAAAAUCUUGAAACGAUAUACGAGGAGAGCGACAGUGCGGACGACGCCACUGCGAUACGUAUGAGCGCGAAGAGGUUCAAGAGAAUGUUGAUGUUCUCCCCCACAGCAUCCAAGUUAAAGAAGAGACGCGCGAAGAUAAAGAAAGUCUUCGGAUCUAAAAUUAGGUACAAGAGAUGCGGUUCGAUGCAGGCUCUUGUAGAUAAGUUGAAUAGCAUAAAAGAUAGCUCGCCGAUGAAAAUCGACGUGAAAAGCGAGCUCAAAUGAUACCAGAUUUCCCUGUGACAUGUUUAAAUGUCAAUGGCAUUUUUCUAAGGUGACUUUUAUGAGGGACGAUACACCCUCCACGUCGGAAUUUCGUAACCUGUUUGCUUGUAUACUUUCUGCACGCGUGUAAAUAUAAAGAAAGUUUGUGUUGAAAGCCGAAAUCAAAGAUGGAAUGAUUCAUUUUGUAACAAUAUUUCAUUAGAGAAACUCGAGUCCUGCAUCAUAAAUUGUUCCGAAAGCGUGUAAGAAUCGUAAAUGCUGUGUGAUGGUUGUAUUUCUCUUUACAUGUCUGAGACUUGUCCCGCUUAUGUUACUAAGCGCAAUAUACAUGUCAUAUUUGUGAGAAGCAAUAAUGUAUCUUUUAUUCCUUUAGGGCUCCUACUUUUUCGUGGUGAGACCACGUUGAAUUGAGGCAUAGAAAAUUGGAUAAUAUAUUUUGAGACAUCCGAACAAUUCCUUUUUUUUAAUACAUGUAAUUCAGUUUAACAAUGAGAAAAUGAGAACCUUCAACAUUGUUCGCACUACAUAUUGCAUUUGCAGUUCAAAUUUAAUUAUUUCAAAAUGUUUUAUAUACAUAUAUUAUUAAGUAACAAUGGAAACAUCUUUUUCUUAAAUAUAUUAAACUUUCCUGUGUAAUAAGUGUCUGAAAAGACCACAUUAAGUUUUCAAUAUUAAGAACGAAAGCGAAAAGACUGAUCAUUUAAGAUUGAAAUACAUUCAUUCCUUUAGGAACAAAAUGUUUUUGUUUUUUUUAAUAUCGUGCUUUGUAUUACAUACGUCAUGCGUUAUCUUUAUGUAUUAAAACAGAUAAGAGACUUGUAAAUCUUAUCCAUUUUAAGAUUAGUGCUAGUAUCACUGAGUUUUUAUACAAAAUCUUGUAUUCAUCUAUACUUUCGUAAAAGGCACUAACUGUAACAAAUAUAAAAUUAUAAAAAAAUAUGAAUACAUAAAGUUAAUGACUUAAAUCUAUGUAUUUUCGCAUUGUGAUAUUAUUAUAUAAAAUAUAAAUGUAUCUGAAAUUCUGCAGAUAAAGACAUUGUAUAAUACUU